UCCAAAUAUAACAAAUUUUAAAGCUGUCGUUGAGAUAAACUCUGCCUGGCCGGCCAAGCAAAAAAAAAAAAAAAACCCGCGACUUUAGGACCUUCCGUUGGAGAUCAAAAGCAUCUUUUUGUUAAUCAAAAAUGCGAAGCCACUAAGGAUUAAAGAAAUGCGCCUAUUUCUUUCCCACGACGAGCAUUGUUUCCUCCGUUACGUCUCCCCCAGAUUUCUUUCAGUUCCGUCUUUCCCGUCGGAAAUUCUUAUCUUCAUCCACAAUGUUCCUGCUGGUCUAAAAAAUUUGAAUUUUGUGGAAACGAGCCCACCUGAAUCUUCGUUUUUGGCGUUUUCUUCAUCCCAUAACUUCCUCAACGGCCGGCUGUAAUUAGGGUUCGGUUUUGUUUUCAGUCGCAACGGAAUUACCUUCAGUCUUGCCUUCCCGCGUUCGCCUUGAUAUAUUCACGGCAAUUAUCAAUUUGGAUAUUUGCUUUUAAUUUUUAAUAAAUUGGAAGAGGUAGACGGGUUUUCAAUUCUUUUCUUGUGCAAUUUUUCUGGAGGAUGAUCGAAAAUUGUUGAAGCUUGACUUGAGGAUGAAUCCCGCAGACAUGAUUGUCCGUAGUUCGCUUGAAGAGAUGCUCGAGACUCUUCAGCGGAGAGAUGAGAAUCUGAAUGAUAUGCCGCCGGCGUUGCCCAGCCGGCCUUCGUCUAAAGGGCGGCUGCCAUCUGCGAGAAGGUCGCUUCCGAUCAACUUCAAGGUUGGAAAUGCGGCUUCGGAUUGCUUGCCGAUGAGUCAGGAGGAGGAGGGAGAAGAAAAAGUAGCAGUAUUCAAUAGUGGUUUAUUUGGGAAUAAGAGGGUAGCGAAGGUGGGGCAUGAGGAAACUUCUUGCGUUAAGUUGCAGGAUUUGGAAAGCUAUGAGGAAAGGCGGGAAGAAGAUGAUGCCUUCCAUUCUCAUGCAGUCGAUUCAGAUGUCGCUGUCAGGUUUAACGAGAAGUUAAGGUCGGGAGAGAACAUGAAUUUUGUCUUGGAAAAGAAUCUUCGUGUUUGGUGUCCAUUUCUAGAUUCUGGCUGGGAGCAGGGUAAUGUCCAAUCUCUGUCAGGACAGCAUGCAAAAAUUUUUCUUUCCGGUGGCAAAAUGUCAACUGUGCAUGUAGAAAGUUUAUUACCGGCAAAUCCAAAUAUCCUUGAUGGAACGGAGGACCUAAUACAGCUCAGUUAUUUGAAUGAACCCUCUCUUCUCCACAGCCUCAAGUGUAGAUUUAGCAAUGAUUUGAUUUAUACAAAAGCAGGACCUGUUUUAGUUGCAGUAAAUCCCUUGAAAAGGGUUCAUCUUUAUGGCAAUGACUUCAUUGGAGCCUAUAGGCAUAAAACUCUUCAUUCUCCACAUGUCUAUGCUGUUGCAGAUGCUGCUUUCAGUGGAUUGAUGAGAGAUGGACUAAACCAAGCUGUUGUCAUAAGCGGUGAAAGCGGAGCAGGUAAGACUGAAACAGCAAAAAUAACGAUGCAGUAUUUGGCUUCCCUUGGAGGUGACAGUGGGAUAGAACGUAAAAUUUUGCAUGCAAAUCUCAUUCUGGAAGCAUUUGGGAAUGCCAAAACUUCAAAAAAUGACAAUUCCAGUAGAUUUGGUAAGCUGAUUGAGAUGCAAUUUAGCAAAACUGGAACAAUUUGUGGGGCUAAAAUGCAAACCUUUUUACUUGAAAAGUCUAGGGUGGUUCGCAGUGCAAAUGGUGAAAGAUCAUACCAUAUUUUCUACCAGCUAUGUGGAGGAGCUCCCUUAGUUCUUAGAGAUAAGUUCAACCUGAAGUCUGCACUUGAAUAUGAAUAUUUAAAUCAAAGUGACUGUUUAAGUAUUUCCGAAGUUGAUGAUGCGAAAAUGUUUCAUGUGCUGAUGGAAGCAUUUGACGCUGUUCAAAUCUGCAAGGAGGAUCAGGAGGCUGCAUUUGCAAUGAUUGCAGCAAUAUUGUGGCUUGGUAAUGUGAAGUUUGAAAUAAUUGACAAUGAGGAAGAAGUCCGAGUCCUUCCCGAUGAUGGUGUAACAAGUGCAGCUAAGUUGAUGGGCUGUGAAGUUGAUGACCUCAUGCUAGCUUUAUCAACUCAUACAAUUCAAGCAGGGAAUAUUAGCAUUGUCCAAAGAUUGACAUUACAACAGGCCAUUGCCACUCGUGAUGCAUUAGCAAAAUUAAUUUAUGAUUGCUUGUUUGAGUGGCUGGUUGAGCAAAUCAACAACUCACUUGAACCUGGAAAAAGGCGUACUGGACGAUGCAUUAGUAUUCUAGAUAUUUACGGGUUUGAAUCAUUUCAUAAUAACGGCUUUGAACAGCUUUGUAUAAAUUAUACUAAUGAAUGGCUGCAACAAUACUUCAAUCGGCAUCUUUUCAAACUUGAGCAGCAGGAAUAUACUCAAGAUGGUAUUGAUUGGAGCAAAGUUGAUUUCAAUGACAACACUGAAUGCCUGAAACUUUUUGAGAAGAAACCUCUGGGAUUAUUCUCUUUGUUGGAUGAAGAGUCGAGCUUCGCUGAAACAACUGAUGGAACUCUGGCAAUCAAGUUUUGGAAAAAUUUGAGCAGGAAUCCAUGUUUUAAGGUGGAGAGAGAUGGCGCUUUUAAAAUUCUCCAUCAUGCUGGCGAGGUUUUGUAUAACACAAAUGGCUUCUUGGAGAAGAACAGAGACACACUUUACUUGGACUUAGUUCGGCUCCUUCAAUCAUGCAGCUGCGACCUACUUCGAUUAUUUGUUUCCCGCAUUCUUAAUCAAGCCCAAUGGUCGACUGGCCCCCAAUGGUUAAAUAGUUUUGAUUCCCAGAAGCACAGUGUGGGAACGAAGUUUAAGGGUCAAAUGUUCAGACUGAUGCAACGUUUGGAAAAUACAACUCCCCACUUCAUUAGAUGCAUUAAACCAAAUAGUAAGAAACUUCCUGGCAUUUUUGAAAAUGAUAUUGUCUUACAACAGCUUAGAUGCUGUGGAGUUUUAGAAGUUGUCAGGAUAUCCAAAUCAGGCUAUCCAACUCGAAUUACACAUCAGCAAUUUGCAGAGAGGUAUGGCUUCCUUCUUUUGAACGAUAUGGAUUCCGAGGAUCCAUUCAGUGUUUCCAUCUCCAUUCUACAUCAGUUUAAUAUUCUACCAGAAAUGUGCCAAGUUGGUUAUACCAAGUUAUUUUUCCGCGCAGGACAGAUUGAUGUGCUGGAAAAUGCUAGAAAUAAAACUAUUGAAAGGAUUAUAUGGGUUCAGAAACAGUAUCGUGGCCGGCAAACUCGUCGACAUUUCCAGGAGCUUAAGCAAGCAGCGAUCACACUUCAAUCAUUCAUCCGUGGUUAUUCCGCAAGAAAGAAAUUUUGUAAUCUCAGAAGCAAUCAAAGGGAAAAGCUUUACCACGAAACAAGCAAUGGGGAGACGCAAAGAGUCCUUCAAGAAAGGAAGGCUUCGUCUGAGAAGCAUCCUGAGGUGCAAGAUUUAGCUUUACUAGAGCUUCAGAGCCGAGCUCUACAGGCAGAGGCAAUGCUGAGCCAAAAAGUGGACGAGUGUGCUGCUCUGCAAGAAAAGCUUCGACUAUCUGAUAUCAGAUGGUUCGAAAAGGAUAUAAAGAUGAGAUCGAAGGAAACCUCUUUGCAAUUGAGUUUAGCAGCAUCAAAGACAGAUCAAGCGUGUGGCAGGCCAGACUCAUCACCAGUUAAUCAUAAUCAUCAGAAUUAUGACUCCGAGAAUGGUGUUUCAACCAGGAUGCACCAAACAUCAGACACCACUCAACUGAGACGAUUUCCCGCGUCAACGGCUUCACCUGUAGUAGAUUAUGAGGUGAAAAAUGGCAGAGUUGGUCCUCUUUUUAGGGAGUUAGAGCAUAGAAUACAGAAGUUCGAGGAUGAAGGUCGGCUCAUUCACCAACUUGACUCGGAAGAAGAGUUCCGAAAGCUUAAGGUUAGGUUUAAUGCUUGGAAGAAGGAUUUCAAGGCCCGACUAAGGGAAAUUAAGGCAUCGCUCCGCAAGUCUGGGUCGGCUGAAGGGGAUAAAAAACAGAAAGGAUGGUGGGUCAAGAGGGCAUUAAAAAUCUGAUUGAGUCCUUUAUGUUCAUAGCUCGUGUUGAUUUGUGUCGAAAUGCAAUCAUUCGUAGGCACAGAAGUGACUUGCACGUCAAUGAACGGUUGAAGACGGGGAAGAAAUAGUGGCAGGCUUGUCUUUUGGUUUAUUCAAAUAUUUAAGUGUAUAUAAACAAUUGUAUAUGUCUUCCAAAAGUGGGAGAAAAAUGCCAAAGUUAAAAUGUUACUAUGUAGAUUUAGCUGACUUGUGAACAAAAUGAAGAAGAGGGAGCAGAGUAGCAACAUUGUCUUUAAUUUUCUUACUUUUUUGGUUUAAGGAA